AUGUGCUUGGGGUUGGGUUUGUUGUGGACCAUGUGUGGGUUCAUCAUCGGACUCGUCAUCCAUAUGCAUCCUGUCAUCAUAUCGAGCAUGGAGUGCAUCCUCAUUGAAUGUCUGGAUGAUGGUCCUCUCAAGUCUCCACUGAGUGCGAUUGUGGAAAGUGAAGUUAAAGACUCGAGGGUCGAGAAGAAUAAGAUAUCAAACCCCUUAAGGAGAAUACCAUGCAUGUGGUCGUCCGGGAGCUUGAUGUUAAGACCGCGGUCUAAAAGGGUGACAAAUCCUCCAAUGCAAAUAUCACCGGAUGCUUUGGUUUUCAUGAGAAAAGACAGUGCACACCAAGAUAUGAUGGGCAAUGCAGAGGCACAGGUGAAUGAUGGAGGUUUCCUUAUCGCGGUCAACACAAGAAAAGAUCCCACCAGUAAUUUAUGUCCAAAAAGUCUCAUGGUUGAACUCGGGAGGCAGUGA